UUUGUUUAGAUAUUCGUCUAAUGACAGUCAUUUGUUUGCAUUUCCAAUAAAUCUGCGAUGGUUAAAUAUUCAGAAGAACGAUGGCAAAUCGAUGUAACAUUGCUACUGACCUGGACAAAUUCAUUGUGAAAGAGGCUCCUCCAACUAUUUAUUAUAUUCCAAAUUUUAUAACGGAGACUGAGGAGGAGUAUCUGUUGCAGCAGGUAUACAGAGCUCCCAAGCCCAAGUGGACACAGUUGUCAGGGAGGAGACUACAGAACUGGGGUGGAUUGCCAAAUCCCAAAGGAAUGCUCACUGAAAAGCUCCCUGAUUGGCUGCUAAAGUACACAGAGAAAAUAUCUGCCCUUGGAGCUUUUGCUGGAAAGGCAGCUAAUCAUGUGCUUGUAAAUGAAUACAAGCCUGGGGAGGGAAUUAUGCCUCAUGUGGAUGGACCACUGUAUCACCCCACAGUAACAACUAUCAGCCUGGGUUCUCAUACGGUUCUAGAUUUCUACAAGCCUAUUUGUGAGACUCAGUCUGAAGUUCCUCAAACAGAAAAAAGCCGCUACAUACUAUCGCUGUUGGUACAACGAAAAAGUCUGCUGAUUCUCCAGGAUGAUAUGUACAAGUGUUACCUGCACGGCAUUCAAGGAGUUUCUGAGGAUAUUUUGUCAGAGCAUGUGGUAAAUAUCUCAUCAACAAGUGUUCACGUGGGCAACACCCUGCCCCGAAGCACCAGAGUCUCCCUUACAAUCCGCCACGUUCCCAAAGUCGUCCGGGCCAAUCUGUUGCUUGGCAAGAAGUGACACAUGCAAAGACUUGACUGAACUUUGAACUAGACAAACAGGUUAUUCAUGUUUACACCCUUAAAGUGAAGUGUGUAAAUGCAAUACACAAAAGUGGCUACAACUUACAAUAUAUUAUUGUCAAUGCAAAGCAUUAGUAGUGUCUAUAAGGAUAUCUUACUGGGUGCCAUUUUUGCAGCAGCCUUUGAAAUAUUUGUCCUCUGAAGCCUGAAAGGUCUAUAGGGUUGUCUAAUCUUGUACAAACACACCUACAUUGACCAUUUUCAGUGAAAAGAUAAACAAAUGGCUAUUUUACAACUAAAUAAAUGAAGUGUAUUGCUGUA